AAGUGCGAUGCCAUAUUGAAAUUCAAGAGCGCAUUCGCUCACCACAAACAUCCGCAAAUACCACUUUCUGAAUACCAAUGUCCACUCCUUAUGUACCCCCAAUAGCCCUAGCAGGCUCUACACCAGAACAACAAGCAGCAGCGUUUGCUUCCGAUGAACGUAUUCACUUUGAUAGGACCUCUGGAACAUGGAAAUUUGAGGAUGAUGAUGGCCACGAGUUAGAGUACGAUGUGACAAAAGGGGCAUGGAUACCUCUGGUCGAUGAGGACCUUGUGAAAGCCCAACAAGCCGCGUACAGCAUUGCCGGUGUAGACGAAGAGACACCUGCAGCACCCGUCCUCAAGCGCGAAAGUAAAAAACGUAAGGCACCGGAGGACUACACUUCUAGCACACUAGGGAUAGAUACCGCACCACCUGCAAACAAACGAGGCAAGAAGGGCGGCGCAAAUGACAAACAACAUGAACGCAAGUCCAAGAACACUGCUGUCUAUGUGACUGGUCUUCCCCUAGACACAGAACAUGAUGAACUUGUCGAACGGUUUAGCAAGUGUGGACUGAUCGAAGAAGAUGACCAGGGUGAGCCGAAAGUCAAGAUGUAUGCAAGAGAGGAUGGGACGUUCAGUGGGGAAGCGUUGGUGGUGUACUUUAAGGAGGAGAGUGUGAUGUUGGCCCUGAAUAUCCUGGAUGAUGCGGAAUUGAGGUUGGGUGAUCCUUCGACAAAAAUGAGCGUGCAGAAAGCAGCGUUUGGACACAAGCACGAGGCAGGGGCUCAGGAAGGUAAUUCUGAAGCGAAACUCAGAAAAGUAGUGGAUAAGAAGAAGGCGACCAAGAGAAUUGGGAAGAUGCAGAAGAAACUUGGAGAAUGGGAUGACGAUGACGGUUUCGGUCCUGCCAUCACUGAAGAGGAUAAACUACCAGUCUCAAACAAGAACAGUCGUGUAGUAGUGCUCAAGCACAUGUUCACGCUGGACGCUCUUGAAAAGGAUGCGUCAUUACUUCUUGACCUCAAAGAAGACGUCCGUGACGAGGCCUCAACUCUAGGAGAAGUCACGAAUGUAUCCCUAUACGACAAAGAGCCCGAUGGUGUAAUGACUGUCAAGUUUCGAGAUCCUUUGAGUGCACAAGCAUGCGUACUAAAGAUGAAUGGUCGGUUUUUCGACGGUCGUCGGGUUGAAGCUUCAUUAUAUGCGGGCAAACAGCGAUUCAGACGAAGCGGUGUUAGCGAAGAGGUUGAGGGAGAAGGCGAUGAAGCAGAGAAGAAACGAUUGGAUGACUUCGCUCAGUGGCUUAUGCACGAAGGAGAUUGAAUGUAGUCGCUUAUCUUGAGUGCUCAUCUGGGUAUCACUUGCUUUUAUGAUCAUCGGGAAACUGCUGUGUGUAUACAGCACUCCAUUCUAUUGUACACUCUGUACAUGUCAUAAC